ACAUAUUUUGAAAUUCUUAAAAAAAAAUUAAAUAAAAGGACAUGAAAAUUACAGGUCCACGAAACUCUUCAGCCCACCACAUACUCUUUGCCCUCUUUAAUUAUUUCAUUUCUCUCCGAUUAUUUGAUCGGAAAAUCGAAUAUUCCGGUGCUAAUCUCUUAGAAAUGUACGAAAUCGGUUUCUCGGAGCUGUCAGACGACGUCGUUCUCAACAUACUGUACAAGCUCGAGGAAGAUCCCCGGAGCUGGGCUCGGAUCGCCUGCGUCUCCACCAAAUUCGCCUCUUUGAUACGAACCGUCUGUUGCAAAUCCAAAUGCUCGGAGUCGAUCCCCGCCGUUGUUUCCGAUCUCCUCAACCCCACCUCCCCUCCUGGAUUCUGGGCGUCUCUCUACAAGCUCGCCGUCUGCUGCCCAGGCCUCCUCCACUCCGGCGUCCUCCUCGAAAACUCAGAUUUCGGCCUCGAACGUGAAAUCGGCCCCGACGAGAAUUUCCAGCGGAAUAUACUGUUCCGACCGAACGAAUCUGGGAAAGCUGCCUCCUCAAGCAACGACGACGGUGAAUCGUCGGCUGUUGCCGUACACGACGGCGUAUGGUCGUUGUACGACGAUCUAAUGUACGACACCUUGUACAACGAUUCCGAGACGGUGUCGAAGGAGCGGGCUGAAACCCUGGAAGCCCGGCCCGAAGAAGCUACGGCGACGGAAGAUGCGAAGCCCGGUUUCGCCGUUUCCAAAAAGAGGAAGAUCUGUCGUCCGCAUAGGUCCCACUUGGCGUCGGGGGUUUGGAAUCUGAGCCGCGAGCAGGGCAACAAGCUGCUUGCGAGCAGAUUCAAGGGUGAUUGUCUCUACAUUUGCGAUUGGCCUGGAUGCAUACACGUUGAGGAGAAGAGGAAUUACAUGCUGUUUAGAGGGGUUUUCAAGAAUUUCAAGCAAUCUAGGGUUUGGAGAACGAUCAACGAUGGGAGCCGGAACAAAAUCGAAUUGAAUUGCGCGUUCUGCUCAGCUGAACACACGUGGGAUUUGCACUCGUCGUUUUGUUUGAGGAGGUAUUUCGGGUUCCACGAUGAUGGCGAGCCAGUUGUUCGAGCAUAUGUCUGUGAGAACGGCCAUGUUUCGGGAGCAUGGACCGAUUGGCCUUUGUACACUUGAACAAUGCUGCAAUCUUCAGCUUUCGUUUGUCCGAUAAAUUGAUUGUUUCCGAACGUUUUGUUUUAUCUAAUUAACGGCUUCAUCGUUAUCGUUAUCGUUAUCGUUUCGUAUCGCUUAUUUAGUAGUAUUUGUAUAAACUGGUCGAUCACCUGGUGAUAAUGCUUAGUAUUUUAUAUCAGUUAACAUUUGAACUUUUUCGGUUUGAUGUUGAGAUUGUAUCGAGUUCCCAUUGCCGUAAAUUGUAACGAUGAUAUAGAAAUCGGAGAAUAUUCGGUUCCUUUA